AUGUCAAUUGUUGCAAAAUUUCAAAUUUUUUUGGCAAAAUUUUUUCUUCUCGCAAUCUACAUCGACGAUCCUAGAUUAUUCAACACAGACGCCUCUUCUACAAUGAGUGAAGCUAAACCGGAGCCACCACAGCCCGAUGCCAAGCCUGAUGCCAAGCCCGAUAUUAAGCCACAACCUCCCAAAAAGAAAGGAUUUUCCAACCCCGCGUUAAGAAUGAUGGGAAUACCCAGAAUUUCACUUCCAUCUCGAAACUGGCUCAUCUUUUGGUCAGUUCUUAUAGGAGUCGGAUCAUCAAUAGCCUAUGAUAAAUACGAGCAAAAGCAGAUUCGUAAAAAAUGGAUGGCUAGUGUGUCCCACUUAAGCGAAGAAGUAUACACCAAUGAUAGAAUACCUAGAAAAUUGACAAUUUAUAUUGCACCCCCACCAAAUGAUUUUCUUGAUGAAUCAUUGAGGAUAUUCCGCAGGUUUAUUAAACCCGUGUUGAAUGCCGGAUCCGUUGAUUUUGAAAUUUUUAGUGAGAGUAGACAAGGGGAUAUUAGAUCUGCUGUGGCACAAAGGAUUAGAGAUUUAAGAAUUAAAGAAGCAGAAAAGGGGAAGAUACAGCCAGACCAAACCAAAGAAAACGGUAUCGGCGAACCGCCAGAGUAUGUCAGACGAUCGGACCUAUACGAACCAAGUGACGUUCUCGGGUUGUAUAAAGUUUUCCCACAAAAGAUUGAAAUUGUCUCUGAUGAUGCGAACAACGAAGUCGCAGGGGGAAUUGUAUGUAUCGGAAGAGGCGCCUUUAAAGAAUACAUCAGUGGUAUUCACGAAGGCUUACUUGGACCAUUGCAAAAACCACAAGCAAUUGCCGAUGAAGAAGCUCGUAGAGCUGAAGCAAAAGCAAAAGAUAAGGAGGAAAAUCCAACCAAGUAUAGCGACGAUGAUGACGAAGACAAUGACAAUUUGAAACCAGUACCGAUGAAGUUCAUCAACUCGUCAGAUUACGCCAAUGCACCUUUAGCCCCUGAAUUCAACAUGGACACAGUACUCAAAGACGACAAGGGAAUUCCAUUAUUCUUUGAACAACCAGUCUAUGUUUAUUCAGUCCCCACCAUCCAAGGAUUCAAGAAUGUGCCGCGUAAAAUGUACCGAUUCUUUACAAAGAGAUUUUUCGCUGAUGAUUAUGGUGAGAGAACCACCCAUAUUGUAAAUAAAGAUACCAGACCGUUCAAAGAAAAGGAUGUGUUGAUGGCCAAAGAAGAAGAAGUUGACUGGCCACCAAACUGGGUUAAAAAGGGUACUGAAAGAGGUUCUGAAUGGGUUCAGGAAUUGGCAUAUGACGAUAGAGUUAUCUCAAGAAUGAGAGUGUUUGAUGUUAAAAAGUAG